AUGCCAGCUGGCCAAACGUGCCAUGCCGUCCCCAUCCACGCUACGUCAUCAGAGUACGCAGAGGUCCUUAAUCUCUUCAAAGCCACAUGUAAUCGAACUGUUGCAAAGAUUGAAAGGAUCCAGAACCCUGCACUGUGGAAAAGUCUUCAGAUCAAGAAACAGGAGAUGGAGGUGAGAAAUAAACAUCAGAACAAUGAGAAACGUCUCUUCCACGGCACCAGUGAAACCACGGUUCCCAUCAUCAAUGAACGCGGCUUCAACAGAAGCUACGCCGGAAAAAACGCUACCUGUUAUGGUAAAGGCGCCUAUUUUGCUGUUAAUGCCAGUUACUCCUCCAGCGACACCUACUCCAGGCCCAACCAGAAUGGAGAGAAGUUCAUGUACCUGUGCAGGGUGCUGACAGGAGACCACGCCCUGGGACAGCAGAACAUGAUUGCUCCUCCAUCCAAAGGCUCUGGCGUUGACCUGUAUGACAGCGUGGUGGACAACAUGACCACUCCAAGCAUGUUUAUAGUGUUUCAUGACACCCAGGCCUAUCCUGAGUAUCUGAUUACUUUCAAGUAAGGCAACCAGAAAAUGUUAAAUAUAUUUGCAGCAUUGUUAUCUGAUAACCAUUUGUUUCCCUGAAAUACUUAUUUGAACUUGCUUUAAGCUUACUUGGUUAGUAGUUUGUAUUAAGGAAGAUUAAGUGCCUCAAUGUGAUGCCUUAAGGUAUCAUAAAUACACAAGAAUUGGGUCCUGAAAGCAGGAACCAUAGAAAUAUCCAAUUAAAAGGGCUUUAGAAACCUUUGUUGUUGCCUUUGAGCUGUUUAAUAGCUCAAUCUUCUGAGCAUCAGUAUGUGAGACUACUGACAAGGACCUGCUCUGUUCUAGAAAUCAUGUAAUUGUUGAAGUUUAACGCUGUGUUUUAUAGGAAUAACGCUUAUUCCUAAUUCUAGAAAUUGAAAAUGAAACUUGAUGGGUGUUUCCUGAAAGUGAAAUGAACAAUCAGGGGGAUUUUUCAGAACAAGCUGCUAGAAAACUUCUACACUUAAAAAAAAUCAAUAAAACAUUCUUUAAAGAC